AUGGACAACCUGUCAUCCUACCAACGCCACAAAAGCACCGCCAACCUUCCCCUCCGUCUCGCCAUGCGCCUCCUCGAAGUUGUAGCCCUCGCGGCCGCAAUGUUCAUCGUGCCCACUCUGAUGCAUCGCAUCGUCCAAUCCCUAGACGACGUCUACGAACUCCUGAGCCGACGAGCGCGCUCACCGUAUGAGCCAGCUGUGCCCUACACUAGCGUGUUCAUUGCGACUGUCUUGCUGUUGGGCUGGCAUGUCUGGCUAGGACGACUGAGCUACAAGACGGUUGUUGAGGGAUCUGAUGAGAAGGGAAGGGUGUCUUGGGGACGUGUGCUGGGGCGUAUUGUUGUCCCGUUUCUGCUACUGUCGCUUGGGCUGCAGUUUGUGUGGGAGUUGUAUGCUGGAGUGAGUGGUCCGGCGCGAAUGGUCGUCACGCAAUAG